ACCCCUAGGCAGUUGGCCCAUCCGAUCAAAGAAAAAAGUACAACCUUAUCUCAUAAUCAGUUUCAUAAUCUACUUACAAUUCAUACUAGUUGUAUUCGAAUUAAUUCGUUUAUUGGUGGCCUUCAUGAUUCAAUGAAGUAUAUUAUCUGGUUAUCACAUGAUCAUGACGUCACCGUUCGUGAUUGAUUUGGAAUAUUUGCACCAUAUAUGACUGGAAAAUUUUCUCCAUAAAAGGACAGCUGGCUCUCGUUACUGCUUUAUCUCACUCUCAUUUUGUGCCCAAAAGAUCUAGAGCCUGCUAAGAGGGGUCUGGUUGCCAUGGGGGAUAUUGUUUUGACCAGAGUUCUACCUGGUAGUUCUAUAAACACUGGUGUACUUAGUGUCUCAAAUAGGUUUGAUGUCGAACGCAUGCCUACAAUUGAAGAGGGACAUAAGUCAGUAGUGCUGGAGGCAAGAGAUGCUCGUCAAGAAGGCCUCAUCCAUCGUUUCUACUUUAGAAGGAGGGCGGAUGGAACCAAGCAAACUCUAACAGGUAUGAAGCAAUUCUUUGACCUUCAUGGAUUGCAAGCUGGUGAUCGAAUUACGAUCUAUCUUGUGCGAAAAGAAGUGAAGUUGUUUGGAAGAGUCAUUCGCCCCGCACUUCAUUCAAUUGAUUUUGAGAGGGGGCCCCUAGCCUAAUUAAAUAGGUAUGUUUAGAUUGGAAUGUUCUUUAUAUAUAUAUCAAUGUAUAUUUUUGUAAUUUCAACAGGGUAAUUCAACGAUUAAAAGUUUAAAAUUUUA